AUGUCUUGCAAGCAAUUUUCAAGUCUAUUUUUUGACCAAUGGAAUUCUUACCUUGAUCAAACUGUCACCAUCCCUCAAGAGACUAUAAUAACUGGAGAUUUUAAUUUUCACAUCGACGAUGAAAAUAACCCGAAUGCUGUACGGUUUCUACAAACAUUAGAAGAUCAUAACUUGACACAGCAUAUUACCACAGCUACCCAUAAUCGUGGACAUAUACUGGAUCUCCUCAUAACAAAAUCUGAAUCCACUAUACUUAAGACCAAACCAUCAGUGCAAGAUCCAAACUUGUUCGAUGCACAUAGAAACUCGUUUUGUGAUCAUUAUUCCAUUCAAGCUGUGCUAUCAUGUAGCAAACAAAAGCGCAUUAAGAAAGAAAUAACUUUCCGCAAAUGGAAAAAUGUCGAUCUAGAUGAGUUAUCAAAGGAUAUCAAUCUUGAAAUACCUGAUAAAAGUUUGCCUGUUGCUCAAUUAGUUGACCAUUAUAACACCACAUUACGAAACGCUGUGGAAAAACAUGCUCCCCUAUGUACAAAAUCUGUUCUACUUCGACCAAACACCCAGUGGUUUUCCGAAGAACUCUGUGAUGCAAAACGCGAAAGACGCAGAGCCGAAAGAAUUUGGCGUAGGACAGGACUAGAGGUUCAUCGACAAAUUUUUAGGGACAUGUGUUCUACGACAGCCAGACUUGUCUAUAAAACCAAACAAGACUAUUUUUCUCAAAAGAUUGAAGAAUGCGGUAAGGACCACAAGCAAAUAUUCAAAUUGUCGAAGUCACUGAUGGGAAAACAACAGGAAAGUAUUCUACCAUCGUCGACAUCUAAUACAGAGUUGUCUAACGCAUUCUCUGAAUUCUUCAUUAACAAAGUGGCCACAAUUAGAGAUGGUCUUAAAGAACUUACUACCUUUAACAUGGAAAGAACUAUGGAUAAGGAUAUUCCUUUCAGCGGCGAGCCAUUGCUGAACUUCAGACCCACAAGAAACGACGAAGUGAGAGCAAUUCUAGGAAAAGCACCCACCAAAGCAUGUGCACUUGACCCACUCCCGACGUCGAUUUUAAAAAAGAACUUGGAUGCUAUAGUUCCAUUUAUUACCAACAUUAUAAAUAGCUCAUUCGACCAAUCAGAUGUACCAUCACUGUUCAAGGAGGCAUUAGUAAGACCACUACUGAAGAAAUCUGAACUCGAUAAAGACGUCUAUAAGAACUACCGUCCUGUCUCAAACCUCCCUUUUGUAUCUAAAAUUUUAGAAAAAGUUGUUGCCACACGCCUGAUUGAACAUCUUGACAAAAAUCUUUUAAGGGACCCUUUGCAAUCAGCUUACAGGCCAUAA